AGGAGCCUGCAAAUUUGGACAGAAUGGACCUAUCAUCAUAUCCAUGGUUUUCCACAAUUUGUGAGAGAUUUUUUGUUACUGUAUUGAAAGUUAAAAUAGUGCUAAUUUGCUGAGAAAUUGGUUUACUAGUCCUAGGGGAGUAGCCAAAGCGCAUGCGCGUUUUAUUUCCUACGCUCCCUACCCCCUCGAGCCACCAGGGGCUAGUUGUUGGAGCGCAAUGGCGGUGCACCGGGGACCUUCUUCGAAAUGGCUCUUUUCCCGGGAGCAACUAGAAACAACGCCGUCCCGCCGCAGUGGAGUCGAAUCUGAUAGGGAACUUUCUUACCGUCAGCAAGCCGCCAACCUAAUUCAGGAUAUGGGCCAGAGACUCAACGUCUCUCAACUCAUCAUCAACACUGCAAUCGUUUACAUGCAUAGAUUUUAUAUGAUUCACUCUUUCACUAAGUUUCAUAGGAAUAUCAUCUCCCAAACAACCUUGUUCCUGGCUGCGAAGGUGGAGGAACAACCUAGGAAGCUUGAACAUGUCAUCAAAGUGGCCCACGCCUGCGUCAACCCCCAGGAUGCCCCACUAGACACCAAGAGCAAUGCAUACCAUCAGCAAGCUCAGGAGCUGGUGAUACUAGAAACGAUAGUACUGCAGACGCUAGGUUUUGAAAUAACAAUUGAACAUCCUCACACUGAUGUUGUGAGAUGUUCCCAGCUAGUGCGAGCAAGCAAGGAUUUGGCACAGACUUCCUAUUUCAUGGCUACCAACAGGUUGUUAUCCUGACCCCGCCCCCCACUAUGUUGCACUGUGAUGGCACACUAUAGCUUCCUGUACUGGCAGGUCCCCCUUCCUGUGUCCAACGCCCUCUUUGCGCCAGGCAGGUUUCUGGGAAACCCCUAGGGGCGGUACCAGCCAGCCAGGCUGCAGCAGUGCGGUGUAUUGUACAAGGGCUCAGUGUUGGCACAUAGGGGUUGAAUGCACAAUGUGAACGUGUUGGUGGUGCUGUAGACUGUCCUCACUGACCGUUUGGUUGCUACAGAGUGCAUAUGUCUCCUCCUUCCUAAAACACAAUUGGUAGCCUGAAUAUAGCUUGCCACUAAAGAUCAGUGAAAAGAUGUAAACUAUAGCAUCUGUCCCGGUAAGUAUUAAUAACGUUUUUUUUUUUUCUUGAUUUAUGUUUGACAAAUAGAAGCUAAUAUGCACUGCUCAAAAAAAUAAAGGGAACACUAAAAUAAAACAUCCUAGAUCUGAAUGAAAGAAAUAUUCUUAUUAAAUACUUUUUUCUUUACAUAGUUGAAUGUGCUGACAACAAAAUCACACAUUAUCAAUGGAAAUCAAAUUUAUCAACCCAUGGAGGUCUGGAUUUGGAGUCACACUCAAAAUUAAAGUGGAAAACCACACUACAGGCUGAUCCAACUUUGAUGUAAUGUCCUUAAAACAAGUCAAAAUGAGGCUCAGUAGUGUGUGUGGCCUCCACGUGCCUGUAUGACCUCCCUACAACGCCUGGGCAUGCUCCCGAUGAGGUGGCGGAUGGUCUUCUAAGGGAUCUCCUCCCAGACCUGGACUAAAGCAUCCGCCAACUCCUGGACAGUCUGUGGUGCAACGUGGCGUUGGUGGAUGGAGCGAGACAUGAUGUCCCAGAUGUGCUCAAUUGGAUUCAGGUCUGGGGAACGCCAGUCCAUAGCAUCAAUGCCUUCUUCUUGCAGGAACUGCUGACACUCCAGCCACAUGAGGUCUAGCAUUGUCUUGCAUUAGGAGGAACCCAGGGCCAACCGCAACGGCAUAUGGUCUCACAAGGGGUCUGAGGAUCUCAUCUCGGUACCUAAUGGCAGUCAGGCUACCUCUGGCGAGCACAUGGAGGGCUGUGCGGCCCCCCAAAGAAAUGCCACCCUACACCAUGACUGACCCACCGCCAAACCGGUCAUGCUGGAGGAUGUUGCAGGCAGCAGAACGUUCUCCACGGCGUCUCCAGACUCUGUCACGUCUGUCACGUGCUCAGUGUGAACCUGCUUUCAUCCGUGAAGAGCACAGGGCGCCAGUGGCGAAUUUGCCAAUCUUGGUGUUCUCUGGCAAAUGCCAAACGUCCUGCACGGUGUUGGGCUGUAAGCACAACCCCCACCUGUGGACGUCGGGCCCUCAUACCACCCUCAUGGAGUCUGUUUCUGACCGUUUGAGCAGACACAUGCACAUUUGUGGCCUGCUGGAGGUCAUUUUGCAGGGCUCUGGCAGUGCUCCUCCUGCUCCUCCUUGCACAAAGGCGGAGGUAGCGGUCCUGCUGCUGGGUUGUUGCCCUCCUACAGCCUCCUCCACGUCUCCUGAUGUACUGGCCUGUCUCCUGGUAGCGCCUCCAUGCUCUGGACACUACGCUGACAGACACAGCAAACCUUGCCACAGCUCGCAUUGAUGUGCCAUCCUGGAUGAGCUGCACUACCUGAGCCACUUGUGUGGGUUGUAGACUCCGUCUCAUGCUACCACUAGAGUGAAAGCACCGCCAGCAUUCAAAAGUGACCAAAACAUCAGCCAGGAAGCAUAGGAACUGAGAAGUGGUCUGUAGUCACCACCUGCAGAACCACUCCUUUAUUGGGGGUGUCUUGCUAAUUGCCUAUAAUUUCCACCUGUUGUCUAUUCCAUUUGCACAACAGCAUGUGAAAUUUAUUGUCAAUCAGUGUUGUUUCCUAAGUGGACAGUUUGAUUUCACAGAAGUGUGAUUGACUUGGAGUUACAUUGUGUUGUUUAAGUGUUCCCUUUAUUUUUUUGAGCAGUGUAUAUAAGGGUAACAAGCAAAUUCUUAGUAAUAAUUGACACACCUAAUACUCCAGUAGUAAAAUGAUCAUCCAUAAUUCUCUCUAAUAUAUGAAUUACUUGUAUGCUAUAGGUAUCCUCUUUACCUUAGUAGAAUCUAAACAUUACAGUUAAUUAUAGAUUCAUUAUUUUCCUACAUUUUAUUUUAGUAACUGUACUUGCCCUGACUUAGAUGAAUAAUUUUGCUAUCCUAUGAACAGCAAUAUACAAUGUCUGGACAGAGGGCAAAAAAUUUACAAAGUCAAAAGGAUACUUCCAUAAUUAAUGUAUUGCCCAGAUUUUUGCAAUGCAAGACUAUUGAACCAUUUUGAAAAAGGACAUUUAAAAAGAAAGUUGGCAAAGGUAUGAGUGAGAUGGCAUAACUUGACAGGCUGGACUGGAACAAAGCAGGUGGAUGGUGGACAUCAAUUAUCUUUAGGAAACAAGCUUGAUCCCAAUAAAAAUGCUCGGUACUCUCAAAGAACACGUUUACCAUCUAGGGUUGUCCUCAAUGUAUCAGUUUUCUACGGUAAGAUUCUGUAUGAAAUGGUAAGAGAAACAGCCACGAUCAUCCAUCAUAGAAAACCACCGGGGUACGUGCCUCUGCCACUCACUCUCAACAGUCUGGAAUAUGAAGGCAGUAUUGUAAUAUGUACUGUAUGCAUGCAGAUCAGCUGUACUCUGAGCUUUAUUAGACCAGAGACAUGGCUCUAGUCUAGAGACACCAUAGAGAAGAGGUUCAAACCUCUCCUUGGGGACCCUCAGCCCUUCAAAACUAGCACACCUGAUUCAACUUGUCAAGUCCUUGAUUUGGUGAAUCCACUUGUCAACUAGUCGUCAAGUCCUUGAUUAGGUGAAUCCACUUGUCAACUAAUUGUCAAGUCCUUGAUUAGGUGAAUCCACUUGUAAACUAAUUGUCAAGUCCUUGAUUAAGUGAAUCCGUGCGCUAGUUCAGGGCUGCAACAAAAUUGUGAAAGGUCUGUGAGUUCCCGGGGAAAGGUUUGAAAACCAUUUCCAUAGGGUCUUCAGCCAUGUCCCAGGACUAGUGCUAAUGUCCUCUAUUCCAACCCUAGAACUGUAGCUAACGGGCGUCUCCUCUGUGGUCUUACCUCCGACAGCCUCCACCUCACCACGUUCUGCCUGCAGCACAAGCCCACAGUCAUCGCCUGCGUCUGUAUCCACCUGGCCUGUAAAUGGUCCAACUGGGAGAU